UUCUGUAAUGCUGUACCUAUAAACCACAGGAAUUAAUUAUAAAUUAUAAUGAAUAUAUUUGAUUAGCAUUUACCAUUCAGUAUAAAUAAUUAUUUCAACCUCCUGUAUAUUAUAUAGUUUGAUUACGAAAGUUUUUAUUUUAAAACUGAUAAAAUUAAAGACGACGUAUGAAGUAUCCGUGUACAUACGAUAUUAAAACUUAAAUUUAAAUUAUUGAUGAUUAAAACUUAAAAAAACAGGUAAUUUACUGUAACAUUCGCAAGUUUUUAAUCUGUGUAGUAUCUGUAAUAGUAAAAUGAGUUUUCAUAGUAAAAUAGUUUUAAUUACGGGGGCCAGUUCAGGAAUUGGUGCAGCAACUGCUAUACACUUUUCCAAAUUGGGAGCAAAACUAGCACUUACUGGACGCAAUCUUGUCAACCUACAGAAUGUAGCAGAUCAAUGCGAGAAAAGUUGUUCACUGAAACCACUUGUGGUUGCUGGUGAUCUAACAAAUGAAGAUGAUACUAAAAGAAUUUUGGAUUCUACUAUUUCUCAUUAUAACCAACUGGAUGUUUUAGUAAAUAAUGCAGGUAUUUUAGAAAAUGGAACUAUUGAGUCUACAUCUCUUGAUCAGUAUGAUCGUGUAAUGAAUGCCAAUGUGAGAUCGAUCUAUCAUUUGACCAUGUUGGCUGUUCCCCAUUUAGUGAAGACUAAAGGUAAUAUAGUUAAUGUAUCAAGUGUAAAUGGAACCAGAUCGUUUCCAAACGUAUUGGCAUACUGUAUGUCAAAAGCAGCAGUGGAUCAAUUUACAAGAUGUGUUGCAUUGGAAUUGGCACCAAAAGGAGUUCGUGUAAACAGUGUUAACCCAGGAGUUGUAGUUACAAAUCUUUUAACAAGACAAGGAAUGAGUCAAGAAGAUUAUUCAACAUUUUUAGAAAAAACAAAGUUCACACACGCAUUAGGAAGACCCGGUACUGUCGAAGAAGUUGCUAAAGCAAUUUCAUUUUUAGCUAGUGAUGAUGCUAGUUUCACAACAGGCGAUUCAGUUUUUAUUGAUGGAGGAAGACACGCUAUGUGCCCAAGAUAAAAUAUUUGCUUAUGAUACAAUAUGAUUUAAUGGUGAAACAUUUUUGUUUGUUUGUUUACUAUAUACCUAAAUAUAUCUAGAUGAAUAUAAUA